AGAAAUGACCCAGAUAAAAUGUUGGAAACAGGCAAAAAUAAGUAGGCAGUUGAUUAUAGUUUAAAAUUAGAAGCUCAUUCAAAAUUAGUUUUCACAUAACGCUCAGAGAAUAAAUGUUGAUUGUACACACGAAUAUUUUAGGGUAAAGUAAAUUAAGAGUGGCAAGAUGAUCGAUAUUUUGUCGCUGCCGCGCCGGAAUAAGGUGUCCGGAAAUCCGGCCCUGCUGAAGAUGAUCUCCUACAAGACCGGACUGCCCAUCAACAGUCUGCCAGGAUGGGAGCUGAUCCCCCUCAACUGCAAACUACCCAUGCUCAAGUGUCCCGGAAACCAAGUAAUAUUCUCGAAGAACAAAAUCGGACAGGAUUUCAAGAGCGGUAAGCAGGAGUUCGAGUGCUCUGUUACCGAGCACAUUCCCGAGUACAAUCCACUGCACGACUCCAAUCUGAAGACCUUCUACUCCAACGAGCGCAAUCUGAAGCGUUUGCGGGAAAACGGCGAGAUAACGCAGGGCAACGAUGUGAUCUGUAAUCUAAAGGACUUUAAUCAGCACCGCCAGGAGCUGCACAAAUCGCAGCUGUACUAUGUCUUGCAGGCUUACAAGCGACGCGAGUCGGAGCAAUACGAUCGCAUGCUGAUCGCCAAUGCGGAGUCGAUCACGAAGAAAGAUCACCAGAACCUGGCCGCCCGACACCAGUGCACCGAGGAGGUUCUGGCCAGGAAGCAGCAGCAGGAGGAGGAGCGCCACGAGAGGAAGGUCCACUUGCUGAACAUCACCUAUGAGAAGUUCAAGCGUUUGGAGAACCUGGCCACCAUGCAGAACAUGCUGCUGGAGCACCGCAAGAUGCUCACAAACAUGCGCGUCACUGCCCACAUAGAAAUGUGUCAGGAUCUGAAGCGGAAACUGCUGAUCAAGCAGAAGAAGCUCUUCCAGUUCAAGAAAGAUCGGUUCAACAAGAACAUGCGGCUGCUGCGGAAACAGAGGCUGAUGAAAACCACCGAGCACCAGAUUCAGUCGUGGAAAAAGCGAUUGGAUGAGCGCAUUGCCAACCAGCGCAGGAUUAACUACCUCCUGCAGGAGGUGGAAAAGGAACGUGUUGCGUUCAUCAACAGGCACAAGGCUCUGUACAGGGAGAAAUGGCAGAGGAUUCAGGACGAAAUCAGGAGCAGAGCUCAGCAAGCCGCCAUUGCUCGCCAGCCCAAGAAAAAGCGCCCCAAGAAGAAGAAGAAGAAGUCGACGUCGCUUCAGGCGCGAAAACCAUCCUUCUGCGAUGAGUACCAGGCCACCUUCGAGGGUCUAUUGGACAGCGAGCUGUGCUACGCCUUGAAUGCAGCCAUCGCCAUGGAGGGACAGACCGCUCUCAGCUUCGCCCCAGACGAUCCCAUCUACAAGGCGGCCCAGUACAUACUCGACUACAUCAUAGCUGGCUUUAACGAGGACCUCAGCGAGGAUGAGUGCGCCCUGCAGGUGCUGAUAUCUCGCAUCAAGGACUUUGUGUGCGAUGCCAAGAAAUACGUUCACUAUAAAGCCUAUCAGAUCAUCGGCUUUGCUAGGGACCACAGGGCCAUGGAGGUGCCGCCGUCGAUGGCCAAGCCACAGAAGAACCAUUCGCGCGUAUCCCACGUCUCCUUCAGCGGCGUGGCCAGCACCAUUGGCGUGGGCAGCUAUGAGAUUCACCCGUUCGUGGACGUCCGGCGCUGCAGCGAGCGUCGGGCCACACCGGCGGGCUCUUUGGCCUCGCUGGUGGUCAGCCAGAUCGGGGAGCAGGUGAUCCAGGACAAAGUGCGUCUGCCGCACCUGAACCGCAACCAGAUCGUGUUCAUCGAACACUAUCUGGUGAAGUUCAAGCGCGAUCUACUGGUGGGUCUGGACAAGCUGGUCUUUGCCGCCAUCCAGUGUCACUUUGAGAACCGAGUGAUGGAGGUGCGCGAAGAGCUCUUGCUGCUGGACAGAAACUACCUGUUCGACCAGAUAGCCCAGGGCAUCCUCAGCUAUGCGGUCAAUCCGCUCAACUACCAGUCGGUGCUGAAGCUGGCCGUGAGCGUUCUGUCCUGCGAAAUCAUCUGGGAGCUGCAGCAGACGAUGCUCAAACCGGGCAUCGAUCCCCGGGGCCAGAAUCACCCCGUGUCCUGCGGCACGGAGCGGGAACGCGAGAACCUGGCCCUGUGCAUACCCUAGGAUCCUGAUUUUCAGUUGGGGGUGGAUCCCUCGGUCUUGCGGAGAUAAUUUGUAUAAAUUACACGUGUGUGCAUACUGUUUCAAGGCUCUGGGGCAAAAUUUAUGUGAUUAGUCUAGUCGUCGUCCGUUUUCGUUGCAAAUGCCAACAGUUAAUAAUGUUGUGUGAGUCCCAAUUUAAGAACCCAAUGUUUUUGUGGUUUCUCAAGUGGGUACAAAUAAAAUCAAUGUAUAAUAUUAAAAUCAAACACUCACCCGUGCAACUGUGCAAAUCUGUUAAUAAAUAUUCACUAUUUUCAUCA